UUCAACCAAUUGUAACUGUACAGGUUUGUGUACGUACACCGGUGGUGGAACGGGUGCUCUGCUGAGACGCUGCUUUCGAUUUUUCUUUGCUUUGCUGGCACUUCCCCUCGUGGCUAAAACCACCGGUUCACACUGAAGUUUACACGACACACGAAAGGCACGGUGGUGAAGGUGGUCGCCAUGUUACUCUCUGCUACCGUUAUUGUCUACGCCCUUCUGAAUCUGGUAUCAGUUUCAGAUGCUGCGAAGGGCCCCAAAGUAACAGACAAGGUCUUCUUUGACAUCAAAAUUGGUGGUAAGAAGGCUGGCCGCAUUGAAAUUGGUCUGUUUGGAAAAAGCGUCCCUGACACAGUCAAGAACUUCAAAUCACUGGCUAUUGGUUUCCAGAAAGGUGGAGAGACCCUGACUUACAAGGGCAGCAAGUUCCACAGAGUUAUUAAGGAUUUCAUGAUUCAGGGUGGUGAUUUUACUAAAGGAGAUGGCACUGGAGGACUGAGCAUCUACGGUGACAGGUUCAAGGAUGAGAACUUCAAGCUGAAGCACUAUGGAGCUGGAUGGUUGUCCAUGGCUAAUGCAGGUCCUGACACAAACGGAUCACAGUUUUUCAUCACCGUGAAGAAGACUCCCUGGUUGGAUGGCCGUCAUGUUGUUUUUGGAAAAGUUGUCAAGGGCAUGUCUGUGGUCAGGAAGAUUGAGAACGGCAACACUGACUCUAGAGAUAAACCACAGAAGGAAGUCAUCAUCGCAGACUGUGGAGAACUGCCUGUUGACAAACCUUUCACAGUAGAGAAAGAGGAUGCAACGGAUUAAAUUUGUGCCAUGAGUGCAGUUAAAAUGCUUGCUGUUGUGUUACCAGUGUAUUUUUUACCAGAGUGAAUGAAAUUAUGUUACUUUUUUUUUUUUUCUGUUCACACACAACAUAAAUUCAUGUUCACAUCUGGAGUGCUGUUACUGUUACACUAGUUCUGUGGAUUUGUAAUUUGCACUUUCUUCUCAAAUUUUGGCUGGUAUAUGUUGAAUGCAUGACAUGUCUCUAUAUGAUUUUAACUUUGAAUGAUAGUGCUCAGGUGAGGGGGAUGAAGUGACCUUGUGAAAAUGUUUCCGAAUCACUUACAUUGUAAUGAUCGUCGCCAUCAGGUAUAAUUUGCAUGUUUGACAUAAUAAAAUGACAUAAAACAUCAA